GCCGGGAGCGGGGACGGGGGGGGCAGAGCGAGCGAGCGCGCCCGGCGAAGGGGCCGGAGACGCGGCGGCGGCGGCAAGAUGGCGGCCAAGUCGGAUGGCGGCGGCGGCGUGGGCUUCGCCCAGCUGCACAACCUGGACGAGGCGGCGGCGGCGGCGGCGGCGGCGGGCGUCUGCGGCGGCGUCGGGGCAGCGGCGGCGGAGGGCGCGGAGGAGCCGGGCGGCAGCAGCUCCUUGCACAUCUGCCACUGCUGCAACACGUCGUCGUGCUACUGGGGCUGCCGGAGCGCCUGCCUGCGGAACCUCUUCGGGAGGGCGGCCGCCGCCGCCGCCGCCGAGCCGCUGGCCCCGCGCCCCGCCGACGAGGGAGCGCCGCGGGCGCCGGAGGUCGCAGGGGCGGGCGAGCGGCCGUGGCUGGACUGCCUGUGGAUCGUGCUGGCGCUGCUGGUGCUGCUGGGGGACGUGGGCACGGACCUGUGGCUGGCGCUGCACCACUACGGGCGGCGGGACUACGUCUGGUGCGGCCUGACGCUGGCCUUCGUGCUGCUGCCCUCGGUGCUGGUGCAGAUCCUCAGCUUCCGCUGGUUCGUGCAGGACUACACGGGCGGAGGGCUGGGCGCCGUGCAGGGCCUCAGCAGCCGCGGGCCGCCCAUGAUGGGGGCCGCCGGGCGCCGGGGGGGACCCGGCGGGGUAGGAGGAGCCGCCGGCACCGCCACCCCCGGGGCGCAGCGCCUCUGCAGGAUCUCCGUCUGGGUCUGGCAGUCCGUCAUCCACCUGCUGCAGAUGGGACAGGUCUGGAGCUUAAGCAGCAGUAAGGCUGAGUUGGGCUUUAUUUGACUGACUUCAUCACAGGACGUGCUGUAGAUCAUCGCCCUGAAAGAAUUCAACAAAAUGGUCUGAAAGGUUUUUAUGGGUUGUGAGAUGUUCCAGUGCUUGGAUCAAUGCUUUUUCUUUCCUGUUGGGAAGGAGCGUGUUGGGUUUUCUUGUUUCUUUGCUUGUGUUAUGUCAAUUUAAUUGUAAGCCAACGUGGCAGCCCCAAGGGAAGUGGACUUAUAUACACAAACAGGUACAACGCUGCGUGUGCAUGGAGCAAAUGGAACCAUCCCAGGGCAGAGGAGGUCCCCGAGGAGCUGCCAAGCUGUUCAGCCAUCAUUGAUAUCAGAACGGUGAUACCCACGUGUUCCAAAUGCCUCUUCUUUCUGCACAGGCAGAAACAAGAAUGCAGGAGAUAGGCUUCAUGUGCAGAGCUACGUCAGCUUAAGCUCACGCUAGCAUGAGGUUUAGCAAGGUUUGUGCUCUGAUAUGAGUGGAACAGAGGGGAAUCUGUCUCCUAUUAUCAGAGGGCAGCCUGAGCUGGGGGUGGUCAGCCAGCCCACAGCAGGGGUUGGGACCGGAUGAUCUUUGAGAUCCCUUCCAACCCAAACCAUUCUGUUAUUGGGUGGUUUUAAAUUAUACAUGUGCACUUCAUGUCUAUAUAAAACCAUCCUGUGACUUGUGGACACUGAGACACAUCACUGAGAUGUGAUGUGAUGUGAUUUGGUUGAUGACAUCCUGACAGUGACCAAGUAGGCGAACCUGCAUCAUGAUGUCUUUGCUUUGACCUGCUGUCCCCAGCCACAGAUUGCCGUCAUAAAGACCCAUUAAAAAUCACUUUGCUCUCUGGGAUGCUUAACUUGCUGUGUUUUCAGUUAGCCGUGCUGAACCUUAAAAAAGAGAGUGUUUUAGCUUCCAGCAGGAUAUCUGGAGUUCAGAAAUCUCCGCAGAAGAUUAAGCAAGUUAGAGAGAGAAAUUAGCCCUGAUCCCUUUCUGCCAGCAUAGGAUUAUCCUGCAGCACACCGGUUUUGAAGUUUAUGUCUAAUCCAGUUUUACACAUCCCAGGGGACUGUGCUCCUUAUGGCUUCUGCAGAGCAGUUGUGUGGUGGAGCCUCUGCUUUAGAGGUACUUACUUGGUGCCGAGAUUCAAUUUGCAUUUCCAUUACUGCAUCCCAUUUCAUCCUGUGCCAUAUACUUAAUGUCUCUGCUUUGUAGGGUAUGGCUUUUGAAGACAUAUGGAUCGUUAUUGUGCUUGUGCUGCUUUAUAUGCUUACUGCACACAUAGCUGGGCUAUCUGAACCCCAUUCUUACGCAUAACUUGUGCUUAGGGCUGUUGAACAUAUUUGUGUAUAAAAGGGCUUGUGGCAGUCAAUGUGGAUCGUAGUGCAUCGACACAAGUGGUGUGAAACAAGGUGAGAUGAGCUAAGUGUGCAGCAGUAUUGCUAGUCAAGGCAAAAAGGAGUAAAUGCUGCUGCUUUCCAACAUGGUGCAAGGCUUAAAUGGUCAGUUUGGAAGUUUUUCAUGCAGUGUGUUAUGAGUUUGUAAAACCAUAAUUGUUCUUUUCUAAUAAACGUGUAUUUCCAGGCUGAAAAA